CAAAUCUUCUUUUGCUUUUUCAAAAGUGUUGAUUCCUCAAACGGAGGAGGGAGAAAGAAGAAAAACGGCAACGAAACCCCAAAGAGUCGCAACUUGUGACUAGGAGAACUCACCUGAACCCACUGAUUCACGGCCAACGAGUCGACAACCACGGCGACAGCGCCGGAGUAGAGAUUCCUUCCCAGAAAAAAAUGGGGAAAGAGAUAGAAUCAGGCGGCGAGCCGGCAACCACGGAGACAACUUCCGAGUCAACUCAGUGCGGUUCUCGAACUCCGAGACUGUUCAUUAAGGAGAUGGUCAUGAGGAAUUUCAAAUCUUAUGCUGGUGAACAACGAGUUGGCCCUUUUCACAAGAGUUUUUCGGCUGUGGUUGGGCCAAAUGGGAGUGGGAAGAGCAAUGUGAUUGAUGCUAUGCUCUUUGUGUUUGGAAAGCGGGCAAAACAGAUGAGGCUUAACAAAGUAUCUGAGCUUAUCCACAACUCCACAAAUCAUCAAAAUUUGGACAGCGCUGGUGUAUCAGUCCAUUUUCAAGAGAUUAUUGAUCUGGAUGAUGGAGAAUAUGAAGUUGUUGCUGGAAGCGAGUUUGUCAUAACCAGGGUUGCAUUUCGCGACAACUCUUCGAAGUAUUACAUUAACGAUAAAACAAGUAACUUUACUGAAGUUACCACUAAGUUGAAGGCGAAAGGAGUUGACUUGGACAAUAAUCGAUUUCUGAUCCUUCAGGGCGAGGUUGAACAAAUUUCAUUAAUGAAGCCUAAAGCUCAAGGACCUCACGAUGAAGGGUUUCUUGAAUACUUUGAGGAUAUAAUUGGGACUAACAAAUAUGUCGAGAAGAUAGAAGAGGCUUCUAAGCAGUUAGAAACUCUAAAUGAGAAGAGGUCUGGAGUUGUGCAGAUUGUCAAGUUGGCCGAGAAAGAAAGAGACAGUUUAGAGGAUGUGAAGAAUGAGGCAGAAUCUUAUAUGCUGAAGGAACUGUCACUGCUGAAGUGGCGAGAAAAAGCUAUAAAACUUGCUGCUGAAGAUAACAGUUCAAAAAUGGUUGAGCUGCAAACCAACUUGUCCAGUCUGGAAGAAAAUUUGAAGUCUAAAAGAGAGGAGAUACGGGGAAAUAGUACUAAUUUGAAGGAGCUUGAGAAUUUGCACAAUAAAUAUCUCAAUAGACAAGAGGAACUUGAUAAUGACCUGAAGAGUUGCAAAGAGGAGUUCAAGGAGUUUGAAAGGCAAGAUGUUAAGUAUCGUGAAGAUUUUAAGCACAUGAAGCAAAAGAUAAAAAAGCUUGAAGAUAAAGUUGAGAAGGAUUCAUUGAAAAUCAAUGACUUUACAAAGGAGUGUGACAAUGCUACACAAUCAAUUCCAAAACUGGAGGGAGAUAUUCCUGGGCUGCAAAAGCGCUUAGUGGAAGAAGAAAAAGUUUUAGAAGAAAUAAAAGAAAAAUCUAAAGGUGAAACUGAGAUUUACCGGUCUGAGUUGGCGAAUGUUCGAGCUGAGUUGGAUCCUUGGGAGAAUCAAUUGAUGGACCAUAAAGGGAAAUUAGAAGUUGCAUCUACUGAACGGAAGCUUUUAAAUGAAAAGCAUGAAGGUGCUCGUAAAGCUUUUGAGGAUGCACAAAAGAAGCUGGAAGAUAUAAGUGAAAUGAUAAGAACUAAAUCUGCUGCCAUCACAAGCAUUAAAAAUGAUUUGGAGAUAAAAAAGUCUGAGGUUUCUAAUGCUCGUAAAGUGGAGCAAGAAUGCAUCAAAGAACAAGAAUCUUUGAUUCCUCAAGAACAAGCUGCGAGGCAAAAGGUUGCUGAGCUUGUAUCUGUUAGGGAAUCUGAGAGGAGCCAAGGAUCUGUUUUGAAAGAGAUUUUACGGGCUAAAGAAACAAACCAGAUAAAGGGAAUAUAUGGACGUCUGGGUGAUUUGGGUGCAAUAGAUGCUAAAUAUGAUGUUGCUGUAUCCACUGCAUGUUCUGGACUUGAUUAUAUUCUUGUAGAAACAGCUGAAGCAGCACAGAAAUGUGUAGACGUGUUACGUGAGAAAAACCUUGGUGUUGCGACUUUCAUGAUACUGGAGAAACAAGAGAGACAUGGUGAUCAGUUGAAGAGAAAAGUAAAUGCACCGGAGGGUGUACCCAGGCUCUUUGAUUUGAUUACAGUCAAGGAUGCUAGAUUAAAACUUGCAUUCUUCGAGGUACUAAAGAACACUGUUGUAGCGAAGGACCUUGAGCAGGCAUCACGUAUAGCAUAUGGUCAGAGCAGAGAUUUCAGGAGAGUGGUUACAUUGGAAGGUGCUCUCUUUGAAAAAUCUGGGACUAUGAGCGGUGGGGGAGGUAAACCACGCGGAGGGAAAAUGGGAACAUCUAUUCGUGCUGAUACUGUUUCUAGAGAAGCUAUUGCUGAUGCUGAAAAGGGACUUUCCACGUUGAUUGAUAAAUUAAACGCAAUUCGGAGAAAAAUUGCUGAUUCUGUUCAGAGUUACCAGUCUUUAGAUAAAGCUAUCCAACAUUUAGAGAUGGAAUUAGCCAAGAGUCAGAAAGAGAUUGACAGUUUGAACACACAAAGUGAAUAUCUUAAGAAUCAACUCGAGUCUCUGAAGUCUGCUGCACAACCAAGGAAGGAAGAAGUAUCCAGGCUUGCUGAGCUCCAGAAAAUUAUAAAUGCAGAAGAGAAGGAGAUUGCCCAACUUUUACAGGGUUCUAAGAAACUAAAGGAGAAGGCAUCAGAGCUUCAGAGUAAGAUAGAGAAUGCUGGAGGCGAAAAACUUAGAAACCAAAAGGCAAAGGUCGACAAGAUUCAGUCUGAUAUUGAUAGGCAUGGGACAGAGAUAAAUCGCCACAAAGUUCAAAUAGAAACUGGCGAAAAAAUGAUUAAAAAGUUGACUAAAGGGAUCGAGGAUGCAAAGAAAGAGAAGGAGCUGCUUCAGAAAGAAAGGGGAAAUAUGGAUUCAACAUUUAAGGAAAUAGAACAGAAGGCAUUUGCUGUGCAAGAGAAUUACAAAAAGACACAGAAGCUCAUUGACGAACAUAGAGAAGUCUUGGACAAAGCAAAAUCUGACUACGAGUGUCUGAAGAGGAAAAUGGAUGAACUGCGGGCAACUGAGGUUGAUGCCGAUUUCAAACUAAAAGACAUGAAGAAACUUCACAAAGAGAUGGAAAUGAAAGGGAGGGGAUACAGCAAAAAGCUUGAUGAUUUGCAAAAUGCUACCAUGAAGCAUAUGGAGCAAAUUGCAAAAGAUUCUGUCGAUCAAGAAAAGCUUCAGGCAACCCUGGAAGAUGAAACUCUUGCUAUGUCGUGCGACCUCAAAAGGGCCUUUGAGAUGGUAGCUUUGCUGGAAGCACAACUUAAAGAAAUGAAUCCCAAUCUUGAUUCAAUCUCCGAAUAUCGUAAAAAGGUGGCAUCAUACAAUGAGCGGGUGGAUGAGCUUAAUGAAGUUACUCAAGAGCGUGAUGACAUUAAGAAGCAGUAUGAUGAAUGGAGAAAGAAAAGGUUAGACGAGUUUAUGGCUGGAUUUAAUACCAUAUCUCUGAAGUUGAAGGAAAUGUAUCAGAUGAUUACACUUGGUGGAGAUGCAGAGCUGGAGCUAGUGGAUUCUUUGGACCCUUUUUCUGAAGGGGUGGUUUUCAGCGUGAGACCACCGAAAAAGAGCUGGAAAAACAUUGCAAAUUUAUCAGGUGGUGAAAAGACUCUCAGCUCUUUAGCGCUUAUUUUCGCUCUUCACCAUUACAAACCUACCCCGCUCUAUGUGAUGGACGAAAUUGAUGCUGCACUUGAUUUUAAGAAUGUCUCAAUUGUUGGGCAUUACGUAAAGGAUCGGACAAAAAAUGCACAGUUUGUAAUCAUAAGCCUCAGAAACAACAUGUUCGAGUUGGCUGACCGGCUUGUUGGUAUUUAUAAAACUGAUAAUUGCACAAAGAGCAUAACAAUUAACCCUGGUAGUUUUGCUGUCUGCCAAAAGGCUGCUUGAGGAAGGAUUGAGCUGUUCAGAAUGUUGGAGUCGCAAAUCAUGGUUUUUUAUUUUGUGUACUCAAGGUUCCAUACUAAUUUAUGAGUCCUGCUAUAAUUUAUAGUUACUGAAAGCCUAAUGUAUUUAAUGUUAUAUGAACAUGCUUGUAAAUUGUUCUCCUGCACUAAUGGUGAAUUUUAUUUUUGUGCUUGUUGAGGCAAAGAAUGUUCUGUAUUCUUUUCUCUGCAUCUUAGUGUAAAAAUUUGUAAUUAGGGACUGCUGAAGAUAAUCUGUAUGGUCUGUUGAUAAUCAAUUUAACUCUUAUUUUGUUUUUUGUUCUA